GCUUUUGUCUUUCUCCUUGCAACAAUGUCAGUGUCUGGCAAGAAAGAGUUUGAUGUGAAACAGAUCCUAAGGCUACGCUGGAGGUGGUUUACUCAUCCUUCUCAAGGUUCACCCAACACUGGAAGCUGCCUUCAGCAGGAAGGAUAUGAGCAUAGAGGGACCCCGGUUCAGGGCAGAUUGAAGAACCACUCUCGGGAUAGAAACGGACGAAAGAAAAGCAACAGUCCUGUCCACCACAACAUACUGGCACCAGUGCCAGGACCAGCCCCUGCUCAUCAAAGAGCUCUUCAGAAUUGGCACCAACAAAAUCUGAUAGAGCAUCUUCGAGCAAAUGAAGAUACUCCUAAAGCAGUUCCAGAGGAGAAUUUAUUCAAAGAAUGGGAAGUGAGCUAUGUGGGUAUUUGGAGGAAAAGAUUUCCAGGCACAAAGACUAGCAAUGCCUAUGACAAUAAGAUGGGAGUUUUCAUGAUACACUCAAAGAAGCACAAGGCGGCCAGUGCAGCUAUAGUACAGUCUUUAAGAGGAAGAGUUAUAGGAAGUGAUUUUGGAGAGAGUGAAGAAAAGUUCUUGUCCUCCAUGAGCUUAUAUUCCAUUAGAGGGACUAAGAAAAUUGUACAAGUGAAUACAAUGAAAAGUAGUGUAAGUUGUCAGCCUCCAGCGGGUUCCUCAUGCUGUCCUAAACAAGUGGACCCUAUUCUUAGGUUUCUCAGAUUAGAUACACAUCAUCCUGAAGAAAUGAAUGUCAGCAUAUCUGAAGAGCAUUUUCAUGCUGUAAACCAUGCAGAGCAGACUCUUCGUAAAAUGGAAAACUACUUGAAAGAGAAACAACUGUGUGAUGUACUACUCAUUGCUGGACACCUGCGAAUACCAGCACAUCGGUUGGUUCUCAGUGCAGUGUCUGAUUAUUUUGCUGCAAUGUUUACUAAUGAUGUGCUUGAAGCCAAACAAGAAGAGAUCAAGAUGGAAGGGGUGGAUCCAAAUGCACUUAAUUCGUUGGUGCAGUAUGCUUACACAGAUCAACCUCAGGUCAUUGUUCAAAUUUGGAGUUCCAAAUAUAAUCCUGAAACAAUACUAGAGCACUUCAUCGAGGUAAUAAAGAACCAAGAAUUCCUUCUGCUUCCAGCUGAUGAAAUUUCAAAGCUUCUGUGCAGUGAUGACAUUAAUGUACCAGAUGAAGAAACUAUUUUCCAUGCUCUAAUGCAGUGGGUGGGACACGAUGUGCAGGCUCGGCAACGAGACUUGGCGAUGCUGCUUUCAUACAUUAGACUGCCAUUACUUUCACCACAGUUACUGGCUGAUCUUGAAAACAGUGCCAUGUUUGCUGACGAUCUUGAAUGUCAAAAACUUCUGAUGGAAGCUAUGAAAUAUCACCUCUUACCUGAAAGAAGACCCAUGAUGCAAAGCCCUCGGACCAAGCCUAGAAAAUCAACUGUGGGGUCAUUGUAUGCUGUGGGAGGAAUGGAUGCUAUGAAAGGUACCACCACAAUUGAAAAGUAUGACCUCAGGACCAACAAUUGGCUACAUAUUGGCACCAUGAAUGGCCGUAGACUUCAGUUUGGUGUUGCAGUUAUCAAUAAUAAGCUCUAUGUUGUGGGAGGAAGAGAUGGUUUAAAAACAUUGAAUACUGUAGAAUGUUUUAAUCCAGUUGGCAAAGUCUGGUCUGUAAUGCCACCCAUGUCAACACAUAGACACGGCUUAGGUGUAGCAACACUUGAAGGACCAAUGUAUGCUGUUGGUGGUCAUGAUGGAUGGAGUUAUCUAAAUACUGUAGAAAGAUGGGAUCCUGAGGGACAUCAGUGGAAUUACGUGGCUAGUAUGUCAACCCCUAGAAGUACAGUUGGUGUUGCUGCUUUAAGUAACAAGUUAUAUGCUAUUGGUGGACGUGAUGGAAGUUCCUGCCUCAAAUCAAUGGAAUGCUUUGACCCUCACACUAAUAAAUGGAGUCUGUGUGCUCCAAUGUCCAAAAGACGUGGAGGUGUGGGAGUUGCAACAUACAAUGGAUUCUUAUACGUUGUAGGGGGUCAUGAUGCCCCUGCUUCCAAUCAUUGCUCCAGGCUUUCAGACUGUGUGGAACGGUAA